AUGCUUGUCUGUUUUGGGACUGAUGAUUCUGAGAUCGAGGAUUUCAAUGAUGAAGAAAAUGAAGAUAAUGUCCUCAGUGCCAGCACAAGAGAGCAAUCUUUAUUUCAAGCGAAUUGGAGUGACAAUACUGACAGCGACCCUGACUAUCAUCCCUCAACUAGUGACAGCGAUACCGAACCCACAACAUCAACAGCAGUAAAGUUGCCCCAAAUACGUAUGUAUUGGGACAAGGAAUGGAGAGUUGCUGUAGUUGCUGAUCAUAUGUCUAGGGACAGGUUUUUUCAAAUAAGAAAUUCACUAAAAAUUGUCUUUGAUGAUGACAUUAAUGAAGAGCAAAGGAAAGUCGAUAGGCUAUGGAAAAUAAGACCACUGAUUGACCGUGUUUUGUUAGGAUGCUUAAAACAAACCAGAAAUCAACACAUCUGUAUAGAUGAGAUGAUGAUACCCUUCAGUGGCACAAGUGACUUAAAACAGUACAUUCCCAACAAGCCCAACCCAUUAGGAAUUAAGGUAUUUGUUUUGGCUAAUCCUACUGGGAUUAUAUGUGACUUUGUGGUUUACCAGAAUCAGACCACCUUUACUCAAGAUAUUGCUGGAAGCUUUUGGCAAUGUGAGUCUGCCGUUCUUUAUCUAACUCGGUCUUUAGUUCCUGGUCAUGUCAUUUACAUCGACAGAUAUUUUAAUACUGUACGAUUAGCUGAAGAACUUCUUAAUCGUGGAAUUAGAUGCUCAGGGACUUUAAGGAAGGAUAGGCUUCCCCAGGAUAAUGAUCUUCCUGACGACAAGAUUUUUAAGAAAAGCCAAAGUAGGGGUUCAGCCACUGUCAGUGUUCGCGCCGAUGGUGCGAUAGCAUUAACAAAGUGGCUGGAUAACAAAUCCGUAACUAUGAUCUCAACUAAUGAGUCCGUUGAGCCCAUGUGUGAGGUUAAAAGGUGGUCAAAGGCUGAGAAGAGGUAUAUUCAAGUGUCCCAACCAAGUGUGGUGCAGUCAUACAACAAAAAUAUGGGAGGGGUGGAUUUGAUAGACAGAAUACUAUCUUAUUGCCCUUCGAGAUCUAGAACUAAAAAAUGGACAGUUAGAUGUUUAUUGCACUUUUUUGAUGUAGCCCUAGGAAAUGCAUGGCUUCAGAUGAGGGAGAUUAAGAAAUCGUCAGGAGUAUCUCCCAAGGACAUUGUUCAAUUCAGGCAUUUCAAGUUGGAAUUAGGUAAAUCCAUGAUUGAGAAGAAUAGUGUUCGUCUGGAUGUUGAUGAAAAUGGGGAUGAAGAUCAAGGACACCAAGAAGAAGGAUUUUUGGAUCGUAGGAAGAGUGCGGGCCCAUGUUUAGAGAAAAGACUGCAAGGCGCCACCCACUUACCGGAGGUGACAAAGAAAAUCCAAAAGAG